GCGAUCUUCGUUAUUCCUUAGCUCACUCCCUUGUUCUAAGUGUCAUGUCCGACGAGGAAAUGUCCAACCCGCAAAGCCCAUCGAGAGUUUUUCACUGCUUAAUCUUCUCUCUCUCAUUCAUCAUCAUUGUUCCAAUCUUAUGCAUUACACUCGCUCUAGGGUUACGCCCCAGGGGUGGGCUUACGUAUGCUAGGAACCCGUAUUUGACAGACAGAAACAGAACUAUUUAUCUCAUUGCUUCCCUGAUCUCAGUCGAUAUUCAGAAGGCUUCCGUGGUUGUGGAAUGGGAUGUCCACCUCGAUACUUGUGAAUUUAGGUGCACAGACGUCAACAUCUUCUUUGAUACAAACCAUUUCUCGUCAGACAACAGAGAUGAUCACGGUCCCUAUAAUGAUGACAUACCGACAAAUCCUAUCUUCACAUGGAAUUCAUCUUAUCUGACUGAUCCUGACUUUCGGCACAAGGAUCCCAUGUUCAGCACCAGCCUCGAUUUUCUCCCAUAUGACGAUGCGGAUGUCCCAGGUGGGAGCAUCAUCUAUUACCCUUUCGACAGUUACAACGUCUUUAUUAAAGCAUUUGCUCAGGACGCAGUAACCAAUGCGUCAGUAUUCCUAUCCAUUAGUCCAGCGUCUGGACGGAUAGUCGACCUCAAAGUCACAACUGACAUUUUUUCGUUCGAAAAUGAUGCCAAGAGUAAAAUUGAGGUAUUUCUGACCUUCCAACGUAGCACGCUUGUUAUCGUGUAUUGUCUCACAAUCACGCUCAUAUUUUGGCUAGUCACUCUCAUGAUAUGCCUCAUCAUGAUAACAACUGUGGUUUUUGGCUUUCGACAAAGGAAUGAGAUUGUUGUAGUCCCCAUUGGGACCGUGUUUGCUUUUACCCAACUGCGAUCCACCAUGCCUGGGGCUCCCGAAGGUUUUGGUGAUAUUCUCGACUUUGCCGGGCUACUCCCAUGCCUCAUCCUUCUGUCGAUAUCCGCUGUGUCAAUGGUUGGCAUCUACUUAUUUGCUAAUCCAGAUGAUCCGUCCCGUAGGUCCUUCACUUGGAGCGAAUUAGAGAAUGCCUUGCAUCAUUAUAUCCAGCCCAUUUGGAUUACUACCCAGGAAUGGGUACAGCGUGCUCGUUUUCGCAUCAUGAUAGCGAGACGGAUUCUGAGGGCACCUUACAAUGUUGAGAUUCCCUUGACAGAUAUUGCUCACGACGAUCAGGCUUGAGCUUCAAUGCGCUGUGGAACUGGACCUAUGAUGAAUGUACAAAGUAGAUACUAAAGCCCCGGACGGUUCAAGAAUACACCGUACAUGUAAUAAGGUUGUUGAAGCUUUUCUUCGAGUACACUGGUCACAAAGUGUCUCAUAAUAAGCCCUCCAUUGCGUACUUAAUGCUUACGAACACGCGGGAGUGAAAUCCGAGUGCAACAAUGGUCGCAGACACUG